GUUUGGAGGAGGGUUAAUCACUUAAUGUUAAUAUUUUCGUAAUAAUUGCAUGUACUACAGAACUUAAUUUUAAAACUAUUAGCAUGUGAUCUCAGUAGUUUUAACAUUAUUAGUAUAAAUAUUUUUUUCCCAUUUCCAAAGAAAGUAACAAGAACAGAGUGAUAAUACUAACAGUGUAUUUUUAAGUUUUGAAUGAAAAAUUCGUCUGAUCGCUCUCAGAAGUCUCAGCAAAAUGGACAAUACUGAUAAUAUUCCUGUUACUGAGGCGAAACGUCCAGAUGAUGUGAUAAGAAUGCCUUUGAAUGAUAACUUGAAAUUUGCCGUAUUAAUUGGUUUGGUUGAAGUUGGACAAGUUUCUAAUAAGGAUGUAGUGAAUACUGUCUUACAUUUGUUGGUUGGUGGUGAAUUUGACAUGGAGCUGAACUUUGUCAUAAAACAACCUGAUAAUGUCCUUCUCAUGCUGGACCUUCUUGAUCAUUGCACACCUAGUCUUCAGGCAGAAGUAUGGAGCAUAUUUGUAGCCACCCUUAAAAAAAGUGUCAGAAAUCUUCAAGCUUGUACAGAGGUUAGCCUGAUUGAGCACGUGUUGAAACGGAUAUCAAAGGUGGAAGAUAUUGUUGCUGAUUUACUUAUUGAACUUUUGGGAGUACUGUCCAGUUAUAGCAUCUCGGUAAAAGAGUUUAAGCUUCUCAUUGGGUGUAUGAAAGCAGACAAAGGACAGUGGCCGAGACAUUCAGUGAAGCUCUUAUCCAUUUUACGUCAACUUCCACUUCGUCAAGGGCCGGAUACAUUCUUCAGUUUCUCUGGGAAAAAAGGAACUGCCAUUGCUUUACCUCCACUUGCAAAAUGGCCAUAUCAGAAUGGUUGGACAUUCAGCACUUGGUUUCGACUGGAUCCAAUAAACAGUGUAAACAUUGAACGUGAGAAACCAUUUCUAUUCAGUUUUCGAACCAGUAAAGAGGUGGGUUACUCAGCCCAUUUUGUAGGAAAUUGUUUGGUCUUUACAAGUAUCAAAAUCAAAGGGAAAGGAUAUCAAGAAUGUGUGAAGUAUGAGUUUCAGCCAAGAAAGAAUCAAUUCAGGUUUGAAGAAGAGAACAUUGCUUCUUUGCCUGAUAACCUUAAAAAGGUGCUCUAUGAUGGAAAACUAUCAAGCCAGAUUGUUUUCCUGUACAAUCCUGUGGCAACAGAUCGUCAACUAUGUCUCCAAGUUGCACCUAAAGGGAAUUCUACGUACUUUGUUCACACUCCGCAUGCACUUAUGCUUCAGGAUGUUAAAGCUAUUACAACUCACUCCAUUCACAGAACCUUAACUGCUGUAGGUGGUAUUCAGAUACUGUUCCCUCUACUUGGCCAACUUGAUAUUCCAAUGGGUGGGUCAGCUUACCAAAAUAACGUCUGUUCCACUAUAAUCAGCUUUGUGUGUAACAUCGUUGAGCGAUAUCCAACCGUCCAGCACCACAUGAUCCAAAACAAGGGGUUCCUUGUUAUCAGUUACCUGUUACAAAAGGCCUCAAGGGAGCACAUUACUGAGGAUGUUCUUAAUUCAUUCCUGUCACUAACUAAAUAUUUGAUGACUGUGAACACAAAGAGCAAUGAGUUAUUGUUAAAGCAUCUCCUUGAUCAUGUGCUUCUGAACCCUGCAUUGUGGAUAUGCACUAAACCUGCAAUACAGACAAAACUCUAUUCUUACUUGGCUACCGAGUUUUUGGGAGAUAAUCCAUUUUUUAGCACUGUCCGUCGGGUUGGAACAACACUUCAACUGAUGCACAGUCUGAAGUUUUUUUAUUGGAUUGUUAAUCCCCAAGAAAAAAGUGGUAUUAUUCCUAAAGGUCUAGAUGGAUCACGACCAAAUCAAAAUGAAAUUGUUUCUUUGAGGAGACACAUUCUUCUUUUCUUGAAAAAAUUAAUUAUCAGGGGUAAUGGUGGAAAAGAAGAUGAACUACAGAGCAUUCUAAACUACCUAACAACUGUUCAAGAGGAUGAAAAUCUUUCAGACGUGCUUCAGAUGCUUAUGGCUCUGAUGGUUGAAGAUCCAGCCUCAAUUGUUCCAGCAUUUGAUGCUAAAAAUGGAAUACGGUUGGUGUUCAAGCUCCUGGGAUUUUCUAACGAAACUAUCAGACUUCAAACGUUAAAACUUCUGGGCUAUUUUCUUAGUCGAAGCACUCCAAAGAGAAAAAAUGAUGUUAUGGCACCUCACAACCUGUUUAUGUUAAUGGCGGAGAAACUACUUCAGCAUCGAGAACACUUGACAUUACCCAUGUACAAUGUACUGUACGAGAUCUUGAUAGAGCGAGUGUCCAGUCAGAUUCUCUACAUAAAACAUCCUGACCCAGAGUCUAACUGUAGGCUGGAGAAUCCUAUGAUCUUGAAAGUGGUGGCAACACUGAUUCGUCAGUCUAGGCCAUGUGACGAGCUGAUGGAAGUGAAGAAGCUGUUUUUAUCCGAUAUUACUCUUCUGUGCAGCAAUAACAAGGAUAAUCGGAGGAGUAUCCUGCAGAUGUCAGUAUGGCAAGAUUGGCUACUGGCUAUGGCUCAUGUCCACCCUCAGAACCUGGAAGAACAGAAGAUAUCUGACAUUGUCUACUCUCUAAUUCGUAUGCUUCUUCACCAUGCUAUAAAGUUAGAGUAUGGUGGAUGGAGGGUUUGGGUGGACACUUUAGCCAUUGUCCACUCCAAGGUAUCUUUUGAAGACUUCAAACUCCAGUUUGCACAAAUCUACCAGCUUCACCAAGAGAAAGAACUUGGUAGCAGCAAAACAGUCACGGGAGAAGCAUUUAGCACAUGUUUUCAACCAAACACAACUACUGCUGUUUCAAAGUUUGGAGCUUCUGAUGGUAGUAGUAGGUGUAGUUUAAGUUACCCCGUCUGUGAUAAUGAAAAAGAGGCUUCAGCUGGAUCUGGUGAAGAACUACCAAGUAAGAUUAAAAUUUGUGACUUUUCACAAUGUGAAGCAGUAAUGGAGCAAACUUUGGCACCUCCUUUAGUAACUGAGGAUUCUGGUACAAGAUGUCAUAACAGAGACCUGAAAAACACAGCUGUUGAGAUAAUUUCAAAGGUAUGUGGUGAUGAAGAAGAGGCUUUGACAGGUGAGGUGCAAAUGAACAAACCCCAGCUUGGUCUUGAGGAAGAAUGUGAAGGAGAUGGUAUUGAAUUCAGCAAAAAUUCAAAAACAUGCAGUUUGGUGGAUUCCCUACACCAUUCUUCUGUGGAAAAUUUGCACACUACAGAUAGACAAAAAUCAUUAGACUUGAAGCAUGCAGAUACUCAGACUUCAGAACAUUUAUCAUUCACCAUGGAAACUGAGCUGGAGAUAGAUAAGUUAAUGGAAAAUACACUCACAAAGGAUUUUCUUCAUGUUGACCAACUGAACCCAGAAAAUUCUGGGGAAAAUUUUGAAAGUCUACUUCAUUCUUCACAUCAAGUUAAAGAUGUAACAGAGUUUGAUUCAAAGGAUACUAGAAAUAUUAUAAAUAAUUACCUUGUAGUUGAGAAUCAGAGCAAAGAAGAAGAAAAACAAAGCACUGAAAAUAGUAAUAAAGAUAAGAUAAAAUCAACCACUGAAAUUGGUAACAAUGAAACAAGUUGUAAAGAGGAGAUAAAACCAGACACUGAAACCAGUAAAGAGAAUUUAAAACCAGAGAUUGAAGCUGGUAUAGAGGAGAUAAAACUAGACAUUGAAACCAGUAGGGAGGAGGAAAAACCAGACUUUAAAAUCAAUGAAGAAAAUUUAAAAUCUGACAUUGAAGCCAGUAAAGAGGAGAUAAAACCAGACAUUGAAACUGGUAAAGAGGAGAUAAUAUCUGACAUUGACACCAGUAAAGAAAGUAGUCAACAAAAUAUAAAUGUUGCCCUUGUGGACAGACAAUCUUCAGAUUUAUCUGAAGAAAUUCAUCAUAUACCGUAUCAUGAUGGAUUACAAGAAAGUGGUGUAAGCUCUGAAACCAAUAGCCAAGAGAUUUUGAACAGUGAUAUUUCAUGUGAUUUUCAAUUAGAAACUGUGAAAUUAUCUUCCAAAGGUCUUGAAGAUGUACCUCAGAUCAAAGAUGUGGAAGAAGAAUCAAAUUAUGUUUAUGACCAAACUUUUGAAACUAGCUUGAGUCUUCAAAAUUUAAGCAGUUUUGAAGACGAAUAUAUUUUGAUUGAAAAAGAUACAUCAGAAACAGUAGCAAAUAAUAAAGAAUGUUUACUUACAGAAGAUAAACUGGUUGUCUCACACUCUGCUGAUCUUGAAAAGGAAGAUAUCAUAGUAGUUACAAGUAAUCCAUCUGAAGAAGUCUCUUUAUUUCAUGAUGCUUCUGGGACAUUGGGAGUUGUUGCAGAGGAGGAGGAGCUAUUGCCCAUAAGUGAAGAUUUGUCUGAGGAUCAAAAAGAAGAAAAAAUGAAUCAAUAUAACACCUACUCCACAAAAACAGAGGAGGCAAAGACUGUUAACAGUGUUAUAAGUGAAGAGGAAUUCAAAGAUCGUCACAAAAGCACUGCCCCUGAUUUUGGGUUAAAAGAAGAUGAUGACACAAAAGAGGAUAGCUCAGAACCUUCCUGUAAUGACUCUGUUGAAGAAGAACAGCCAUCUACUGUGGCUCCUUCAGAGGAGGACAAAGCAAAACCUCCCAUUAUAGUCAGCACAAUUGAAGGUUAUUUUAUGGAAGCAGAGAAAGCUCUGAAAGAUGCUACUACUCUGGAAGGAGCACUUACUGAUGAUGAAGGAAAUGAAAUACCAGCUUUGAGUGAAACAGCUUCUAAUAAAUAUCUAUCAAACAAGCAUGAAGAGUUGUCACAAGCACCAAUUCCAGAUGCAACUGUGGAGCUUGAAAGUUCUGUGAGACACUAUACAGGUGCAGCAAAGAACCAAGACAGUACUGUAGAAUGUGGAUUAAACAACAAACCAGCUAUUUCAAGUAGGCAGAUCUUUAGUGCUGGUCCUUCCCGACCACCUUUUCAUAUCCCAGAGUUUCAGUGGUCUAGAAUCCACCAAAGGCUUCUAGCAGAUUUGAUGUUCUCACUAGAAACAGAUAUCCAAGUUUGGAGGAGUAACACAGGUAAACCAUUGACUGAGUUUGUGAACAGUAGUGAAAAUGCCAUUUUCAUCAUUAACACUGUGCACCUGAUAUCACACCUGACUGAUAACAUCGUUAUAGCAUGUGGAGGGUUACUACCUCUUCUUGCAUCAACAACUUCUCCAAGUCCUGAAGUUGAGGCAAUAGAACCAACCCAAGGGAUGCCAGUGGAAGUAGCAGGAGGUUUCCUUCAACGACUUGCUAACAUGGCUGAUGUCUUAGUAUUUAACUCUUCUUUGAACUUUAGUGAACUCGAGGCAGAAAAGAACAUGCCCAGUGGAGGAAUUCUAAGACAGUGUUUACGUCUAGUGUGUACAACUGCUGUAAGAACGUGUUUAGAACACAAAUCUAGAAACCCGGCUCGAACAUCCAGAGUGUCAACAGCUAAGGAGACUAUUCAAGCAUUAAUGGGUGGAAAAAAUAUAGGUGAUAACUCUGUGAACCACAGUGGUUAUAUGAAAGACUUAGAGAAGUUGUUACAAGAUAUUGAUGUUCACCGACUACGAGCGGUUGUAUACCAUGAUGUGGAUGAGACUAAACAAUCCCAUUUUAUAGCAUUGGCAGUCGUGUACUUUAUUUCUGUUUUGAUGGUUUCCAAAUAUCGGGAUAUUCUGGAACCCAUACCAAGGUCAGUUCUGUAUGAUGACACUAGUGCCACAACCUCUCGAAUCAUAGGUGAAGCAUCUGUAAUAUCAGACCCUUCCUCUAGACAAACAGGCCAGCACACAUUAGAGGAUAAAAUACAAGAACCUACACCAUUGGCUCAAAAUGGUGGCAUCUAUAGCUCUUUAAAAACAACCCAAAUCGAGACAACCAAAGUCUUGCAGCUCUCUGAUUCUGGUCACUCUGGAGAUUCCAGAAACUCUGUGGAUGAGUGCACUAAGACAUCAGCUGCUGAAUCCCAGCUAAACAUUGAGUCACAUCACAAAAGUGAUGUUGGGAAAUUAGCAGUUAUUGAACACCAAAAUGUUCAAGGGAACAGGCCUAGCUCAACCACUGGGAAUGUACCAUCUAAGGGGGUUAAUGGUAGUUUACCCCUAAAUGGACGCCCAGAGGCUCUUCCACUAACAACAUGGAAAGCUCCAGGGCCUUUAAGCAUCCCUCUUCCUUCCUCUCGAGAAGCCCUCAUCACUCAAAAGUUAGAGAAAGCUCUUGGAGGUGUUUGUCCUCUUCUCAAAGAUAUUAUGGUGGAUUUUUCAUCUUUCUUGUCAAAAACGCUGAUUGGUUCUCAUGGACAAGACCUGCUGAUUGAGGGUAAAGGUUUGGUUACCUUUAAAAACAGUUCCUCAGUUGUAGAACUCGUAAUGCUGUUGUGUUCUCAGGAAUGGCAAAAUUCUCUGCAGAAACAUGCAGGACUAGCAUUUAUAGAACUAGUAAAUGAAGGAAGGUUACUUUCUCACUCGAUGAAGGAUCACACAGUUCGAGUUGCUAAAGAGGCAGAGUUUAUAUUGAACCGAAUGAGAGCAGAUGAUGUAUUGAAACAUGGAGAAUUUGAGGCACUAUGUGAACAAGUUGCUUUGGACAGAAAAGAGGAGGAGAAGAUGUGUAGUCACUUGAUUGCUGCGGCCCGACGGAGAGAUAGUUUGUUAGCUAAUCGUUUGUUGGAAAAACUACUGAACUUGAUGACCAACAAGCUGGGGCCUUGGAGUAGUAGGUGGGGACUAACCUUCCGAGAGUUUCUGAAACUAGAUACAUGGGAGGAUGAUGGUCGACGACGGAAACGAUUGGUACACAACAGUCUUGGGUCUAGCCACCCUGAAGCUACACUGAGAACCACAGAAGACAAAGGCUCAUUAGAGUACAUUGGACAAGACAAGGAUCUUAACAGUUUGUCCAUCCCUACAAAAUGUAAGCAACAUCAGCAACUUCAGGGCAAUGAAACAGACAUGGAGUUGUGGGAUGAUAAGGAACACGAGUCGGAGGCUGAAUUACAAGGACAAGUUACCUUGGUUACAAGAUGUAAACUCAUAACUCCGGGCAUGGAACUUCCUGGUAAUGUGUCCAUUACGCACACUGAGGUUUUCUUUGAUGUAGAUGAAGAACAUCCAAGCUAUAAAAAAGUCAACCAAGAGAUACUGAAGUAUUGUGAUAAUAUCCAUGGGAAAUGGCAUUUUUCAGAAAUUCGAGCAAUCUUUUCGAGGAGAUAUUUCCUACAAUAUGUUGCUGUGGAAAUUUUUCUGGCUUCUAGAACAUCAAUUAUGUUUUCAUUUGAUGACACUGCUACUGUCAAGAAGGUGAUCCAUGCACUGCCAUCUGUUGGUAUUGGUGUUAAGUAUGGAAUUCCACAAUCAGGGUGGAGAACAUAUAAUGACUUAAACCAGUACCCAGUGUUUCCUUGGAUUCUCACCAACUACGAGUCACCAGAGCUGGAUCUUAGCCUUCCGAGUAACUACAGAGAUUUGUCCAGGCCUAUUGGAGCUCUAAACCCAAGUAGAAGAACUUACUAUGAAGAAAGGUAUCGAACCUGGGAUCAUGACAACAUUCCUCCCUAUCAUUAUGGGACACACUAUUCUAAUGCUGCUUAUACGUUGAACUGGUUGGUCAGGCUGGAACCUUUCACUACAAUCUAUCUUGCUCAACAUGGUGGAAAAUUCGAACGUCCCAGUCAAAUGUUUUCAUCAAUAGCCUUGUCUUGGAAGAACUGCCAGCGAGACACAUCUGAUAUCAAGGAGUUAAUUCCUGAAUUCUUCUACUUACCUGAACUGUUUGUCAACAAGAAUGGAUAUCAGUUAGGGAAACUGGACAAUGGAACUCCAGCUGGCUGUGUCCAGUUGCCACCAUGGGCUGCCUCUCCAGAAGAGUUUGUCAGGAUCAACAGAAUGGCUUUGGAGUCUGAAUUUGUCUCCUGUCAACUUCAUCAGUGGAUAGAUUUGAUCUUUGGUUACAAACAGAGAGGACCUGAAGCUGUACGAGCAACAAACGUUUUUUACUACACAACUUAUGAAGGAACAGUUGAUUGGGAAAACAUUAAGGACUUGGCCAUGAGAGAGGCCCUGGAAAACCAGGUUCGUAUGCUUGGCCAGAUACCCCCACAGUUGCUACAAGAACCACACCCACCUCGUUCAUCACCAGUUCAUUUGCGACCCUUAGUACUUUCUCCUAUCACAGAAGAAGUUUGCAUGGUGCUGAAGUUCCUUUCAAAUUCCCCUGUGUGUCAUAUUUCCACAAACACAUACCCACAGCUACCUCAGCCAUCUGUCAUCACUGUUACAUGUAACCAGAACUUUGCUGUGAAUCGCUGGAACCCUAAUUUCCAAGGGUCUUUGCACUCCACGCAUUAUGCAGACACACCCCAGACUACACAACAACCACCUUACCCAUUGUUAAUGGAUCCUUUGUUAGUCACCAACACGGCUGGAUGCAGGAGACAUCUAGGGGACAACUUCAGUGAACAUGUUCAGAUGAGAUAUAAUAGUUUUGUGACCACAGUGGACAGUCAGUUUUUAUUAGCCUGUGGUUUCUGGGAUAACAGCUUUAGAGUCUUUUCUACAGAAACAGGUAUAUUUUGGAGUUGUUAUGUACCUACUCCAAGAGCUACACUUACUGGGCAUGAAAAUCCAGUAAUGUGUGUCGUAGUCUCGGCAGAACUGGGGCUAGUGGUUAGCUGUUCUAAAGGUGGCCCUGUUCUUGUUCACACUACAAGUGGAGAUCUAUUGCGAUGCCUAGAUGGUCCCGACCACUUCCGUUCUCCAGAGCUUUGUGCUCUCUCUCGAGAGGGUCUGAUAGUCGUCUGUUACGACCACGGAAGUGCCUGCUGCUUCACCGUCAAUGGAAAACGACUGCGUUUUGAAACUCACAAUGAUACUAUACAAUGUUUGAUUCUCAGCCGUGAUGGGGAAUACUUGAUGACAGGAGGAGACAAAGGAAUUGUGGAAGUCUGGAGGACCUUCAACCUUGCUCUUCUGUAUGCCUUUCCAACAUGUAACAGUGGAGUUCGUUCAUUGGCUCUCUCUCAUGAUCAGAAGUUCCUCUUGGGUGGCUUGGCCAAUGGCUCAGUUUCUGUAUUUUACAUAGACUUCACCAGAUGGCAUCAUGAGUUCCAACAACGAUAUUAAUAUACAUUUAAAGAACAUGAUUUGUUUUUUCUGUUUAUAAUGUAGAAACUCUGUCAAACUUUUUGUUUUUCAACUUACAGAAAACAAUCUAUAGAUUAGCAGUUGUUACAGUCAGGCUAUGAUUUGUGAUUUUAUUUUCAGUAUCUUCCUUUAAUGUUAUUCUAGUAUUAUUUGUUUCAAGUUGCAGUUUGAGAUCAUAUUCAUUAAUGAGUGGAUGGUUUCAUAGCUGAUACAUCAGUGAACCACAUCAUGACAUGUUAUCCAUCAUAUUAUCAGAUGUUCCUUGUUGAUAUUACUGAACAAACAAGUUAACUUUGUUUUUCUCUAAAUACAUUGUUAGGAGGUGCUUGUUGGGUGCAUAGCAGGGUGUCAUUAAAUAGAUCACAAGUUAAGCACCCCUCUUAAAUACAUUGUUAGGAGGUGCUUGUUGGGUGUAUAGCAGGGUGUCAUUAAAUAGAUCACAAGUUAAGCACCCCUCUUAAAUACAUUGUUAGGAGGUGCUUGUUGGGUGCAUAGCAGGGUGUCAUUAAAUACAUCACAAAUUCCACAUUUCUGGUAAAUACAUUGUUAGGAGGUGCUUGUUGGGUGCAUAGCAGGGUGUCACUAAAUACAUCACAAAUUCCACAUUUCUGGUAAAUACAUUGUUAGGAGGUGCUUGUUGGGUGCAUAGCAGGGUGUCACUAAAUACAUUAAAAGUUAAACAUUCUGUUAAAUACAUUAUUUGGAUGUCUGGUUGGGUGUACAGCAGGGUUGUUACUAAAUAUGUCACAACUUAAGCACCCCUCUUAAAUACAUUGACAGGAGGUGCUUGUUUGGUGCAUAACAGGGGUGUCACUAAAUACAUCGUAGGUUCUGUUAACUUUAUGGUUUUUACAGAAUUGUUAUUUCACUAAAACAAAUCACAAGUUCAUCUUGCUGUUAAUGGACAUGUAUAAAAAAAAAGUUAGUUUUUUAAACAACUUAGAACGAAGGACAGCUUUUUCUCACCUGGAUCAAAACCACUAAAACUUGAAAAGAAUUAAUUUUAUAUACCUUUUGAAAUUACAGUUUUAUGACCCAGAAAAUCAUUGUGUCUUGAUAGACAGAUUUCAGUGUAGGAAAGAAAGCUUGUUUUUGAACAAGGUGACAGGGUGCCCCUUUACUUGAUUGAUCGCUGUUAAAAACAACAUUGGCAUAAAGUUCAAAACUUACUAUAUGUCUAGUAGCCUAAAAUAAAUAUUACUGGAAUUUCGGCAGAUUCCAGUAUUGAAACCUUAAAAGAUCUCGCGUUCAGCACUUAACAAAAAAAGCUAUCAUGAUCAAAUGUGCUAUCCUUUUAUGAAAAUAAAGGUCACAAAACUGAACUCUGAUUCACCAUUAGAGCUGCUACUCUAUGGCUGAUUAGGGUUAAUAAAAAAACGUUUGACUUUUCUUGGGUAGCUGGUCUAACCCACGCACAAAGCAUCCUGGAAGUAGUGAAGCUUUUAAGACACAAGUUGUGCUAGUAAUGUUGUCAUUCAGAACCCUGUAGAAGGGUAGCUGAUUUUUACUUGAGCAUAAAUUCUUCUAUCACAUAAGUAAAGGUAAUUAGUUCUUUUGUAAAUGUAAACUAAAAAUAAUUGUAUGUGAAUGUUGAACUUUAUGUAUACUGUAGAUUCAGUUUAGCACGUUUCAGCUGUGUGUACCAUUUUCGUCUUCCAUCCAAAAAAAAGCAAGAACAAAUUACCGCCUAUUAUACAUUGUGAUUAAAAGAUCUUCUAGUUUUGUUGAAAGGAACUUUGCCGAAGCUGCAGGUAGUUUAGUAUCAGGUGUGAUAUAUUAUUUAACAAUCUGUUGUUUUUUUUUUUCAUUAUAAGUUCUUUGGAUAAUUUCAUUAAUAUUCUUUUGAUGAGUCUUGUUAUGACUUUCUGUGUAGGUAAAUUUUCUUCUAUCAUUCAUGAUAAGGUAGUUUAGCAAGAUUUGUAUUAGAUUUCUCAUUCAAAACGUUUUACAGGACAUUGUGCUACGUUACCUGUUUAGAAAGUUUUACAGAUUCUGUGUUACUUUCCUGUUCAGAUAGUUGAAGAUACUGUGUAAUAUUUCAUACUUAGAAAGUUGAGGGUAAUGUGUGUCAAUAUUAUUCAAUAUUUCUACCCUCAAUGAAGACUCAAAGCCAUUUUUAGAGUGACAUUCUAUUUUGUCUUGUGUGUGUGUCGUUGUCCCCUUUCUCUAGUUUAAACAUUUGUUACUUUUCUCACCUUUCUCUAGCUUAAAUAUCUGUUGCUUUUCUCACCUUUCUCUGGUAUAAAUACCUGUUGCUUUUCUCACCUUUCUCUGGUAUAAAUACCUGUUGCUUUUCUCACCUUUCUCUGGUAUAAAUACCUGUUGCUUUUCUCACCUUUCUCUGGUAUAAAUACCUGUUGCUUUUCUCACCUUUCUCUAGCUUAAAUAACUGUUGCUUUUCUCACCUUUGUGUAGUAUAAAUAUCUGUUGCUUUCCUCACCUUUGUGUAGUAUAAAUAUCUGUUGCUUUCCUCACCUUUCUCUAGUAUAAAUAUCUGUUGAUUUUCUCACCUUCGUCUAGUAUAUAUAUCUGUUGAUUUUCUCACCUUUGUCUAGUAUAAAUAUCUGUUGAUUUUCUCACCUUUCUCUAGUAUAUAUAUCUGUUGAUUUUCUCACUUUUUUCUAGUAUAAAUAUCUGUUGUUUUUCUCACCUUUCUGUAGUAUAAAUAUCUGUCGAUUUUCACACCUUUCUCUAGUAUAAAUAUCUGUCGAUUUUCACACCUUUCUCUAGUAUAUAUAUCUGUUGAUUUUCUCACCUUUGUCUAGUAUAAAUAUCUGUUGCUUUUCUCACCUUUCUCUAGUAUAAAUACCUGUUAUUUUUAUGACCUUUAUCUAGUAUAAAUAUCUGUUACUUCUCUCAUCUUUCUCCAGAAUAAAUGUUACUUUUCUCACCUUUAUUUAUUAUAUAUAUAUAUAUAUAUAUAUCUGUUGCUUGUCUCACCUUUUUUUUUUCUCACCUUAAAUUCAGUUCAGCAAGCUUUCCCAAAUCUGGAGUUUAACAUGAUGUUAUAACAGUGAAGAGGAUCACUGUAACUUUGUAAUAUAAGAUGUUAAAUUUUUCCAGAUGUAAGAAAGAAACAAAAAUGUUAUUGAUUUACCUACUGUUGAGUGGUUUAGUAAAACAUUCAUUUAGGAUUCACAAGCCUCGGCAACUCAGACCCAGAAAUGGGUAGGUUACAAAUUGGCUAAAUAUUUCUAUUUCUAGAAGAUGACAAUGGUAUAAAAAAACUGGUCAGGAUUUGGCAUUUUUGCAGUGCAGAAAUUUAAAAGAAAAAGUAAACAUUGUUUACUAUAUAGAUGACACAGAAGUAGAUAAAUGAGUAGCUUACAAACAGAGCCAGAUUAAAUGCAUCUUGGGCCUUAUGCCUUGCAAAUGUUAUGGGCUUUUUAAUCAGGAUUAUGCUAUAAUAAACUGAAUAUUAUUACAUAAACUAACACAAUAAAAAAUCAUAAUUUACCUUCUCUCUCAAGUUUGCCACUGAAAGAUCCGAGUUUUUAUUUGUUCCACACUUAAAAGGUUAUUUAUUAGUCCUAGCUAUGUGGAAAAUAGUUCUAAGUUUCAGAUAAUAUAUAUAUACACAAUUUAUGUACCUUAUAGAACAAGAAAUUAGCAAACAAAAAUCAUCUCAACAGUUAAUUUUCACAGUUUGAAAAAUCCACUAUUUAAAAACUAUUAUAGCUAGAAAAUAGUUCCAUAAAUAAAGUUCUUCUACACUUUGGGAAGGUUAAGUGGUCUGUUGAAAGGAAAACUUGCAUAUUUACAAGAUUUUAAUAUAAAUUUCAACAUCUAGUUAAAAAUUGAAAUUGAGUUAAAUUUCCAUAUUUUUUAUUUCAUCUAA